UAGACCUAAUAUCCAUUAUUAUGUCUAUGGUGCUAGUGGCGCUAGUGCCUAGUGUGCUAAAAAAGGAAAACCAUUGAAUUUAAUUUCUUUCAUGUUGAUGUCGAAUAAUUCGACACGAAUAAUAAAUUUUGAUAAAUUGUUGAAGUAAUAAACAUAAGAUGGCUCACACAAUUCUACUUGUUCAACCUGAUAUAAAUCCUGAAACUAGGACUUAUUCCGAUUACGAAUCGGUUAAUGAAUGCAUGGAAGGCGUUUGUAAAAUAUAUGAAGAACAUUUGAAGAAGAGAAACCCUAACACACCAACCAUCACAUACGACAUAUCUCAAUUGUUUGAUUUUGUUGAUCAGCUAUCUGACCUGAGUUGUCUAGUUUAUCAAAAAUCAACCAAUACAUAUGCACCUUAUAAUAAAGAUUGGAUUAAGGAAAAAAUCUAUAUAUUGCUUCGACAAGCUGCUGGUCAUUCGAAUGGGAGGUAAAUAUUCAUCAAAAGUACGUUCAACUACGAAUAUUCAUUAAUGUUUUCUAGAUAUGAAUUGACAUUUAUUUAUUUAAGAAUUAUUCUUUUUGUUUUAAAAUGACUGUUGAUUUCAUUUGUAAUAAAUAAUUCAAUAAAUAUAA